CAGUUGGAGCGAUAAACUCAACUCGCACUACACUACGUGCCUCCGUUUCUGUUUCUAGUACGGCGUAUGUAAAGUAGAUACGUUAGUCAAAGAUUAGUAUUUUCAUUGUUUUCCGUUUUAUAUUUCGUUGUAUUUCCAUCGUGUACCCCCUGUGUGAUAAACUGUAGAAUGACGAUUUUCAUCUAACGAAAUAGGUCUACUAGGCACAGCAGGCCAUUGCUGUUAUCGCGCAAACCCUGUCUGUAGUCUUUUCUUGGUUUCGUUGUGUGCGGCACCACACACGCCAUUGUUGAUACUGUGUAGGUGGAUGCCAACGAUCAUCGGUGACCUGGCAAGCCGGCAGUAUAAAUCCAUUCUUUAUGUGUGGACACAAAACGGUAUUGUUGUGAUGACUUAUGAAAAAGUGGAUUUUGAUAAUACCACGAACCAAUCGACGGUCGGAUUGCGCGGUGUUUAUCAGUUGAUUGGUAGCAAUUGGCAUUCAAGACGCACAAAACUCUUUCAACAAUCCGGCACCGGUGGCAGUACGCAUCGGGAUAUGGUUCUAGUGAGACCGCCCCACGAUUCGAUUCGGUGAUCUUGGUGAUUAAAUUUUUGAUGUGUGACAAAAGUGAAUGGACUUCGUGGACUAGAUAAUAACGGAAGGGAUAGAGUAGUAUCUCAUCAUUAGUCAUUUUAUCUACGGGAUUUGUUGGCUCAGACGGACGGUAGACGUACGAAACUGCCGGUUCCGGAAUUACAGGGUGAUAUGCACCAAAAUGUGAAAAUAAUGUCACUCACUUUUCUCGGAGAUGGAAGGCCUUAAGAUUCUAUAAAAAUAUUCCAAUUUGCAUUCGGAUCAAACAGCUAGUUCCAAAGGUCCGCGAUACAAUGAGUAGCUUUGUGGUGAAUAAUGUGGCAGGCGAGUCCGGACGUAAAUUGCCCCAAUACAUUGCGGGCUUGGCAGCAUCCGGCGGGGCACUGGCAGCAGGUACAUUCCUCGGAUGGACUUCACCUGCGGAGAUACCGUUGAUCAAAGAUAAGGAAUAUGGCUUUGCAAUCACCAGCGAACAGUUUUCCUGGAUCGGAUCGAUGGCCAACCUGGGCGCGGCGCUUAUGUGCUUUCCCAUCGGAAUUCUGAUGAAAUUCAUUGGUCGAAAGUGGGCUAUGCUGAGCAUGGUUCUACCACUGCUGCUCGGUUGGUUGUUGAUUAUUUUCGCUGAAAAUGUGGCAAUGUUGAUGACGGGCCGAUUUUUCCUCGGUAUCGGUGGUGGUGCUUUUUGUGUUGCUGCCCCAACCUACACGGCUGAAAUAGCGCAAUCGUCAAUCCGAGGAACACUGGGAACAUUUUUCCAGCUGCUGGUGACCAUCGGUAUUCUGUUCGUGUACGUCGUAGGAGCCGGUGUUAGCGUGAAAACUCUCAGCAUCAUCUGUGGUGUGAUUCCACUGGUUUUCGGAUUGAUUUUCUUCUUCAUGCCCGAGAGUCCACAUUAUUUUGUCGAGAAAUGUCGUUACGAUGAUGCUUCAAAGUCACUGAAAUGGCUUCGUGGAAAUCGGUACGACGAGCGAGCUGAGAUUGAAGAACUGAAAGAGAAUGAUGCUAGGCUGAAGGCAGAGAAAAUUUCAUUCGUUCAAGGCUUCAGACAAAAAGCGACAAUCCGCGCCCUUACAAUCGCGUUGGGUUUGAUGCUUUUCCAACAAAUGUCCGGUAUUAAUGCUGUUAUCUUCUACACCACAACAAUUUUCGACGAUGCAAACACUGGUCUAGCCGCCACCGAUGCUACAAUUAUUGUUGGCGCAAUUCAGGUUGCGGCCACUCUGUUAGCAACCUUCAUUGUAGAUAAAACCGGGCGAAGGAUACUGCUACUGAUUUCGGAUUUCUUCAUGGCCGUGUCCACCAUCCUUCUGGCCGUUUACUUCCAGUUGAAGGAAGACGAUCCUAAUAAAGUUACGGAGCUUGGUUGGCUUCCUGUGCUGGCCGUUUGUCUGUUCAUUGCAAUGUUCUCCAUCGGUUUCGGCCCCGUUCCGUGGUUGAUGGUAGGCGAACUAUUUGCUCCGAAUGUCAAAGCUUACGCUAGUCCCAUCGCCGGCGUGUUUAAUUGGUUGCUCGCUUUUCUGGUGACCAAAAUUUUCGACACACUUCGCGUGAACCUAGGAAAUGCCGGAGUAUUUUGGAUGUUCACUGGAUUUUCCCUGCUCGGAACAGUGUUUGUAUUUUUCGUAGUGCCGGAAACCAAAGGUAUUUCUCUACCCGAUAUUCAAAAGAUGCUCGGUGGCGAAAAGUUAAAGCCACAAAGUAUUUCCAACACCGUAGAAGAAAAUAAAACCGAGACGCAAUAAUUGCUCUCGGGGGAGGAAACAAAACUGAUAAGCAUUGUAAAUAUUGUAAGAAACAAACACGAAACUUCCACUAGCGUGUGUGAUCCGACAUAUCACGGAUGAUGAUCAUCUGUGGUGUACGAGCGAACACUACAACAGAUUAGAGGGAAUGCGGAUUUAGACAAGUGCAUUACCAUUGCCGAUUAGACAAAACAGUACUGAGAUGUAUUUAAACGAAAGCAUCACUAUAUAAUAUAUUUAAUAUAUUAUCUAUUACUUAUUUAAGGUUUAAACACUCACUUCUCGUUCUUGAUUUGUGAAUGUCACCAUGUGAGUAGCAGACUCCUGUAGAUCAUUUUGAAUAAAGAUUUCGAUAUUAACAGAUAUUACCUCAUCAAAACUAUCACA